AGAGAGGGAGAGAGGGGUUUCAGAUGCAGUUUAGCACGCAGGGCAGGCUUGAUUAUCUCGGCUCUGGUCAGUCCUCCUAGUGCAGGCUUCACUACUGGCUUGCUAGCUAGUUAACACACUGGACCGGUGCUUUGACCCUGCUCUUCUCCUUUGCCUCUCUGAAUGAUUCUCAAUGGAGUCUCCUGGAUUACGAAGGGGUGAUUGCAGCUCCUGAUCAGCAGAGCGAUAUUUGUGUGCCUCUAUCUGUCUUUGGGACAGCGGACAGGUUACAAGGACACUGGGGUGGACUGAGUGAGGGAGGGGGGAGAGCGAGAGCAUUACUGUACACCCUGUACACCCAGAGGGGGGGGGCCUCUCCAAGGUUCCCAACGACUUGACCCCGGAGGAGCGGCAGGAGUUGGAGAAUAUCCGCCGCCGCAAACAGGAGCUGCUGGAGGACAUUCAGCGUCUGAAGGAUGAGAUAGCAGAGGUCACGAAUGAGAUUGAGAACCUGGGAUCCACUGAAGAGCGGAAAAACAUGCAAAGGAAUAAACAGGUGGCCAUGGGCCGUAAGAAAUUCAAUAUGGACCCCAAAAAGGGGAUCCGGUUCUUGAUAGAGAAUGACUUGCUGAAGAACACCUGUGAGGAUAUCGCUCAGUUCCUGUACAAGGGAGAAGGCUUGAAUAAGACUGCAAUCGGAGAUUACCUGGGAGAGAGGGAUGAUUUCAAUAUUCAAGUUCUUCAUGCCUUUGUGGAGCUGCAUGAAUUCACGGACCUCAACCUGGUGCAAGCAUUAAGGCAGUUCCUCUGGAGUUUCCGGCUCCCCGGAGAAGCCCAGAAGAUUGACCGCAUGAUGGAAGCGUUCGCCCAGCGAUACUGCAGGUGUAACCCAGGGGUCUUUCAGUCCACAGAUACCUGCUACGUGCUCUCCUUCGCAAUCAUCAUGCUCAACACCAGCCUGCACAACCCCAAUGUGAAGGACAAGCCCCCGGUGGAGCGCUUCAUCGCCAUGAACCGGGGCAUCAACGAUGGAGGGGACCUGCCUGAGGACCUGCUCCGGAAUCUGUACGACAGCAUUAAGAACGAACCCUUCAAAAUCCCAGAGGAUGAUGGGAACGACCUGACGCACACCUUCUUCAACCCCGACCGAGAGGGCUGGCUCCUCAAGCUCGGAGGUGGCCGUGUAAAGACUUGGAAGAGACGGUGGUUCAUUCUCACAGACAACUGCCUUUAUUACUUUGAGUACACCACAGACAAAGAACCCAGAGGAAUUAUCCCCUUGGAAAACCUCAGCAUUCGAGAAGUCGAGGACUCGAAAAAGCCAAAUUGCUUUGAGCUGUACAUCCCAGACAACAAAGACCAGGUGAUCAAAGCCUGCAAGACGGAGGCGGACGGCCGCGUGGUGGAGGGGAACCACACGUUCUACCGCAUCUCAGCCGCUGCCACGGAGGAGAAGGACGAGUGGAUCAAGUGCAUCAAAGCUGCGAUCAGCAGAGACCCCUUCUAUGAGAUGCUGGCAGCCAGGAAGAAGAAGGUUUCCUCCUUGAAGAGGCACUAGCUCACCCCACCACAUCACCGCACUUCAGGGGGAAUUUACAUUGUGCUGCCUGGCCAGCUGUGUGGACCCUCCUCUCAGCUGGAGGGACUGGCUUGUUAAAGAAGGGGGAGGGGGGAGGGGG